GGUCUCCACCCUCCGUAGAUCUUUUUGUACCACCAGCGCCCCAAUAUCGACAAUGGAGAACGACGCGGCGCGAGAGGAGCGGCAUGCGCAGGCCGUGCGCUUCCUCGUCUCGCUACAGGCGUCCAAUAAGGACAAGCAGCACGACGACGAGGCCUCCCAGCGGGACUUUUUGCGCUCAAAGGGCCUCGACGAGGCUGCCAUCGAUCGGGCCUAUGCAGAUGCACGUCGACCCGAGCAUCUCAGCUCGCCAGUCGCCACCGAGGCAGCGGCGGCUUCACCCACAGACACUGCGACCGAUGCUUUCGACAGGGCGAGGCGCCAAUUCGACUCGCCACUCUCGCCAUCCUCUUCCUCCGAAGAAGUAAGCGGACCUGAACCUCAGUUGCCCCCCAAGACAUACCCUCGAUCUCCCUUGGCGCUGUACCAGGACCGACAAGCGACCUCGCAAGCCAUGGCAGCCGCACAGCAGCAGCAGCCUGGACCCACGACGCGGUACGAAGUCCUGCUGGCCUUCUUCAGGUCCAUGUCCUACUUUCUCAUGCUCGGCGGUGGCUUCGCCGCUGUCCUCGUCGGUCUGUACCGGGCGUAUAUGCUUCCCCGACUUGUCUCGACGCUGGAUGCCCGCUCAGAGCUGCUCAAGCACCACCACGACCUCUACAGCACGCUGCACAACCGGGUCAAGAAGCUGCGAUCCUCGGCCGGCUUCUCUUCCACGGAUGCCAACGGCACCUCUUCGUCGGCGGCCGCCGUACCGAAGCGGGGUGUGUUGAAGCGAGUGCAGUUCGCAGAUGAGGUCGGCAAGGACGCCGCACCGACGUCGCCGACGUCUUCUGCUGAGGAGAUUGAAGACAAAAAGGAGGCUGGCGACGUUGUUCUGCCCGGCACCGACGUUGUCGUUUCCGCCACAUCUGUGCCCGAUGGGAGCAAGGAGAAGGGUGGUGAUGGAGAGGAAGAGGAGAAGCGGCCACUGCUGGAGGGACAGGCCGAGGACGCAGAGACAGAGAAAGACAAGGUCGUUCCCAUCGACGUGACCGCGCCACUCCGAUCCUCGCUCUCGAAGCUCGCCGAGGCGCUCAAAGCCGACGCAUCCUCGCAGGCUUUGUUGCCCCCUUCACCAGCUACAACAUCAACAAAGACACCGACGGUGGCCGACGAGGAGUCGGACGGUGCCUCGGAGGAAUCAGACGAUGAAGACGAGCUCGAGUUUGACCCAUUUGCGCCUCCCAAGACGUCGUCCUCAAAGAAGAAGCACACAAGUACAAGCACGUCGGCGGCAGCGACAUCGACAACGAACAGUGGAGAGGGAGCAGGAGGAAAGGCCGCUUCGUUGCGGUCGAGCCUGAGCGCGAUCAACGCCAACAUUGCUGCGCAGAUGUAUACCGCAAGCGCAUCCCACUAUGGCUCGCGGUCGUUCAACACCUUUGCCUCGUCCAUCACCUCGUCAUUCGGCGCAUCACCGUCAACAGGCUCGAGCAAUGGCACCAGCGCAGAACAAAAGACGGUCGAUGUGGCGCAGGUCAGGGCAGACAUCCGGAACCUCAAGGGUCUUCUGUUGAGUCGGAGAAAUUUCCCAAUCUACGCUAGACCGUCGUCAGCUACCCCUGCUGCUGCCACAACAUCUACAUAGCAUGUGUGUGUGUGUAUAAUGGAAAUACGAUUGUCUCUGUGCUUCUCGUUUUACACGUAACACUGGCCCAAGUGAUGAUGUGGGGAGGGAAGAGACUGACGACAUCAAUCGAUGCCACAGGCCCAGACUUCUAUGCAGAUGCACUCAAACUUGCCCUCGUCCUCGCCGUCGUCCUUCGAAAAGG